CUGGAUCCUAGGCCGAUGCUCAACCGCUGAGCCUCGCCCGGCUGGGAUCCCAUGACCAUUUGAUUUACCCUAGCCUCUCUCUAGGACUGUUACCUAGAUUCCAGUUUUGAGGGCAUCCUCCACAUACUCCCCGCCACCUUAAAGGAGUCAUGUGGCUGGAAAUUCUCCUCGCCUCGGUGCUGGGCUUCAUCAUCUACUGGUUCAUCUCCCGAGACAAGGAGGAAACGCUGCCACUUGGAGACGGGUGGUGGGGGCCUGGGGAGAGGCCUGCAGCCCAGGAGGAAGAUGAGAGCAUCCGCCCUUUCAAGGUGGAAACAUCCGACGAGGAGAUCAACGAUUUAUACCGAAGGAUCGAAAAGGCUCGUUUAACCCCACCGCUGGAGGACAGCCGCUUCCACUAUGGUUUCAACUCCAACUGUCUCAAGAAAAUCCUCUCCUACUGGCGGAAUGAAUUUGACUGGAGGAAGCAGGUGGAGGUUCUCAACAGAUACCCUCACUUCAAGACUAAGAUCGAAGGGCUGGACAUCCACUUCAUUCAUGUGAAGCCCCCCGAGCUGCCCUCUGGCCGCACUGCGAAGCCCUUGCUGAUGGUGCAUGGCUGGCCCGGCUGCUUCUACGAGUUUUAUAAGAUCAUCCCGCUCCUGACUGACCCCAAGAACCACGGCCUGAGCGACGAGCACAUUUUUGAAGUCAUCUGCCCUUCCAUCCCCGGCUAUGGCUUCUCAGAAGCAUCCUCCAAGAAGGGCUUGAAUUCGGUGGCCACGGCCAGGAUCUUUUAUAAGCUGAUGCUGCGGCUGGGCUUCCAGGAAUUCUACACUCAAGGUGGGGACUGGGGGUCCCUGAUCUGCACCAACAUAGCCCAGCUGGUGCCCAGCCACGUGAAAGGCCUGCACUUGAACAUGGUCUUCGUGGUAAGACAUUUCUACACCCUGAUCCUUUUCCUGGGACCGCGUUUCCAGAAGCUUUUUGGCUUCACCGAGAGGGACAUCGAGCUCAUGUACCCCUUGAAAGAGAAGAUUUUCUACAGCCUGAUGAGGGAGAGCGGGUACAUGCAUAUCCAGUCCACCAAGCCGGACACCGUGGGCUGUGCCCUGAACGACUCUCCCGUGGGACUGGCUGCCUACAUCCUAGAGAAGUUUUCCACCUGGACCAACUCAGAGUUCCGAGACCUGGAGGAUGGCGGCCUGGAGAGGAAGUUCUCCCUGGAUGACCUGCUGACUAUCAUCAUGAUCUACUGGACAACGGGCACCAUCGCCUCCUCCCAGCGCUUCUACAAGGAGAACACGGGAAAAGACUUUAUGGCCGACAAGCACCAACGGAUGAAGGUCUAUGUGCCCACAGGCUUUGCUGCCUUCCCUUGUGAGUUAAUUCACGUCCCAGAGAAGUGGGUGAAGUUCAAGUACCCGAAACUCCUCUCCUACUCCUACAUGGCCCGUGGGGGCCACUUUUCUGCCUUUGAGGAGCCAGAGCUGCUCGCCCAAGACAUCUGCAAGUUUGUGGGGCUGGUGGAACGGCAGUGACGCCUCAGAGGCAGCCCCUGCCCCUUGGUGGCAGGCUCCCUCGCUGACACCUGCCCACCUGCCCUUUUUCCUGGAAGUCGCCAGUCUCCCACUGCCAGCUCCCUGCCAGGGAGGCGGCCUCCAUCUCUUCUGGGUGAAGAAACCCUUUUCUGGGUAAUGAGUUUGCUUCGGUCCCCUACCCAUCCCAGGACUCCCACGCUCACGCCUCCACGCGUACUCCCUCACACGUGUUACGCAACAUUGCUUUGAUAAUAAAUGAUUUUACUCUUAAA